CGCAGAUUAUCCGCCUCAUUGUCAAUCUCUGCGCAUCCAAUGAUCCCUCCGUUCGACAAGAGUUCGUCAGUCGGGUUUCCGAUAGGAUUGCCUCCGGUACUCUGGCCUGGAGCUCCCGUCAGUUGCACAUGUCUUGGAGUACAAUUAACAGUCUAUAUGACCUCCAGGUCAUGAGUUCAAGCCGUGGAAACAGCCACUGAUAUAAUUAUCAGAUACACUGCCUUGGGGUUCUUCUGAAUUGUGAAAAUGAUGAUCUAAUAGCACAUAUCAGAGAUGUAUACAGCCUCAUUACCAUUCUUGUUACCGGUCUUCAAUUGCCAAGUGCAGUGACGAGAUCCGUGGCGAGAUCCUUUUUGUCCUUUACAAACUGUAUGCUCUUAAGAAUACAUCUGCUGAGGGAGAUGACACUGAUAUCUUAGUUUCCUUUUGUCCAAAGCUCCUGUACCUGUUGGGAGAUGUUCUCAUGAAGUCUCAAAAUGAUGAUGUUCGCUUGAAUUGUAUUGGUCUGUUAUCAAUCUCAUAAUCUUUUUGUUUGUUGCUGAAGUUUCAAUUUUCAGUAUUUCUGUUUUGUUUGUGACGAGGACAGUUUUGGACAUUUAGUAAGAUUUGACAUCAAGAAUUUCUAUGAUAGUUGUUAUUGGCAGUUACACUGGUUCAGCAUGCAGUUAGUUAGGUCGGUCUUGGUGUGUGUAGUUAGUUAGAAAUUCAUUCUCAUUUCAUUUAGAGAUUACUAACAUGUCUUUUGUCUUACGUAGCUUGUCAUGUAUAUUUUCUCAUUCACAAUUCCAAGCUCUCUCUUUUCUCUCUGUUACUUGGUCCUCAUGCUUUCAUCUUAAGGAGCUGAUACCAUUGGCAUUCUCCAAAACAUGUUUUUACUCUUUUCUUGCAUUGAAACUCAUUACAAACAAGAUGAUACAAUCUAAUAGAUGUUUGCAAUUAGGAGGCCCGGCCCCUGGUGCUGUUACACGCUGACGAUAUAAAGACACAAAAAGCACUUUUGACUAUGUUGGCUCAAGGACAUUUGCUCAGGGAAGAAGGUGCAUUUGAUACUUGUUACCUUUCUUACUCUGAUGGAGCUGACUCUGAAGAAAACAUUGAGGGAGCCAAGGAGUUGUCUCUGGUUAAUCUGCUUGCAGAAGCCAUCAAAGGUCCACUGCUUUCAUCGAACAGUCAAGUCCAAAUCAGCACUCUGGAUUUACUAUUUCAUUAUCUGUCUUCCAUCGGAACUUUAGACAAUCAGAUUCAUGUCAUGGUAGAAGAAAACAUUGCAGAUUAUGUAUUUGAAGUAUUAAGAUUAUCAGAUUGUAAGGAUCCUGUAGUUAGGAUGUGCCUUCAGGUACUUGAUUUUUUAUCAACUGCUAAGGAAGCUUUCAAACUAAGGCUUGUUAUUGGGUUUCACACUCUGAUUCCAGUAUUACAUUAUGUGGCUAAAGUUCCAUUUCACCCAGCUCAAUUCCAGACUGUGAAGCUCAUUUAUGAAUGCAUUUCUGAGUGCCCUGGAGCUGUAUCAUCUUCUCAAAUGGAGGAGUUGGUUCUUGUUUUGAUAAAAAUGCUUAAAAAGGAUUCUAAUGGAGAGAUGGGUAUGACUCCUGAUACUUUUAUAAUGGCUUGCUCAGUCUUUGUGGUCCUUAUCAGAUCUCCAUCUUGUAAUGGAGAUUUAGAUCUGCCAAAAUCUGUUGAGGAUGCAGUAAAACAUGCCGCAUUAUCUUGUAUCUGCAUCUCUGAAAGGGACAUUAACCAAAUCUUGCAAUGUCUGUACCUACUUAAAGAGGCAUAUGCAUACAGUCACGAUGGGAACACCAUCAACUCUAGUAAGCUGACACUUAGAAGCUGCAUUCUAGAUAUAUGUAGAACACAUUUGCUUCCUUGGCUCAUAUCUGGCAUCCAUGAAAUGGAAGAGGAAAUUGUCCUGGCUGUGCUUGAAACUUUUCAUUUGAUACUUUUGCAUUCUAGUAAUGAUGCCAUGGAAUUUGCCGAGUCCCUGAUUUCAUCCAGUUGGUUCAGUUUUUCAUUUGGAUGUUUGGGUUUGUUUACUGGAGAUAGGAUAAAAUAUAGAGUAUAUUUGUUACUCAGCUCACUCAUAGAUUCUCUCCUGGGAAAUGAUUCUGGACAACCAAUUAGAGAUGCUGCAUUGGACCUACCAUCCGAUCCUGUUGACUUAGUCUUUCUACUUGGGCAGAGGAGAAGUAACAAUUUAAACUUGCCCUCUUGCCAAACUGCUAUUUUGCUGAUUAUGUAUACUAGUACACUAUAUGAUGAAAGAAUUGCUGAUGAGAAGUUGGUUUUAGCUUCCCUUGAACAAUAUAUUCUUCUUAAUCGAAGUGAUUUUCAUGAUCCAACCAAUGAUAACUUUAUAGUGACACAACUGGUAAAUCUGUACGGAUUGUUAAGGGGUCUUGGCAAGAUGAACCACGAAAUUCAUUACAGUCAAGAAGCUGAAGAGAUUCUGUUUCGGCUCAUAAAGAAUGAUGAAUGGGAUUUACUUUCUGCAAGGAUUCACAAAGUAUCAUUGAGGUGGUUGUUUCAACAAGAGAAUAUAGUCGAAUCUUUGGAUCAUCAAAUUUUAGCAUUCUGCAGAAACUACAACUUAGAAGGAGGUGACAUAAUUAUUGGGAACAUUUAUCAAACUAUAGAUGUACAGACGCUUGCAGAGUUAGUAUCUGAAAAAGAUAAUUAUGGAGCUAGACUUUUCGUAUGCUUAUUGGCACAGCUCUUUGAGGAAGGUCAAGAACAUGAUGUGAUUUCUGUUCUGAAUCUUAUGGCAACCUUAAUUCACAUCUGUCCAGCUGCUUCUGACCAGCUAUCUUUGCAUGGAAUAGGGUCAACAAUGAGUACUUGGUGCUAUUCGAGCAAUACCUUCUCAGAAACAACUUUCAUGUCCAUCUUGCUUUUAGUUUUUAAAAUUUUGAGUUCAGUGCAUCCUGAAGCACUUUCAGCUGAUCAGAGUUGGAUUGCAGUAACCAUGAAGAUGAUGGAGUAUUUUAUUCCACCAGAAAAUUCUGAUGUUUUAAGUAAUGAAAGUCUCUUUGUAAUUGGUAUUCUUUCCUUGAUUUUGCAUCUUUCCACCAGUAAAGCACUUGAGGAGGCAUCAAAGACUAUUCUUUUCAACACUAGCAUAAUAUCUGCAGUCAAUACUGCAGUCUGUGCUGCUGCAUCAAAGGGACCUGCUUUGGUUGACCAUGAUGAGGGAACAAGCAUUGGAGAAACAUUAAUCUUUGUUCUUUUGCUUCAUUACUUCGCUAUUAGAAGUUUGCAUGCCACUGUUCAAGGGGUUGUGGAUUGGCAAAACUUCUUUGUUUCAACAAAUCCAGCAGAACCGCUACCCUUCAUUGGCAUCCACUGCCAUGAUUUGUGCAGAAUUUUGCAUUUUGGUUCUCCUGUGGUCAAGAUUAUUGCUUCUUAUAGCCUGUUAGAGUUGUUUAACAGAGUAUCAAAUCAAAUAAACAAUACACAUGAAGAGUUGAAAUGCUCCGUUGGGUACUUAAUGUCCAUAAAGAGUAUAUUGGAAGGCCUAGUUUUUUAUGAUGACGCGAGAGUGGCUACAAAUUGUGCGGUUUGCCUGUCAAUGCUUCUGAGAUGGGAAAAGCUGGAAAAUCAAACAAAACUACAUGGAAAGAGCAACUGGUGCAGAAUGAUUAUGGAAGAGAUGACAGUGUCUUUGGUAUCUCCUCGUUUAGCAUCUCUGUCACUUGCUAAAAGUCAAAGACCUGCCAUACAUAUAGCUACUGCUAUGCUGAAACAGAAAGAAAUUCCUCGGUGGAUGAGAACAGUGUUUAACAAUUCAUGCAUAUCUGGCAUACUUAAUAGCAUUGAUGCAAGUAGUUUGAGCUUGGAAACUCUAGUUUUACUUCACGAACUACUCAAAUCAGACUUCCUAAGUACUGAGCAAACUGCAACUAUAAGUCAAAUGCUCCAGGAAUGCAGAAAGCACAUUUACACAAACUCCGAGUGUCUCCCGUCUGAACCAAUAAAGCAGGUCCUCACCACACCUUAUGAUCUGGGAGACGUUUACAGCUAUCUCAUUGAUUUAAUGUCAUCAGAGACAUACAUAGAUAUGGAUUCAUGGGGAUUUCAUGUGGGUAACAAGAGGCUCUUAGAAGAAAUAGAAUUGUUUUUGAGGACCCUCACUGUAGAUAAUACAUGCAGAUAG